CAAUCACCUCCUCGUCUGUGCUCAUUCACCGCUUUGUGCCAUACAUUACCAUAGAGCUAAUGCUCUAACAGAACUCUCGACUAAGUAAUUAAAAGUUUAAUCGCUAUGUCGACUUUAAGUCAUCACCCGUACGCGUUCUCCAUGCACCCGGGCAUGUUACCGGAGUACCCCAGUGCACCGCAGCCGCUGCCGGCCACCUCGCCGCAGUCAGAGGGACACAUCAAGAGACCCAUGAAUGCGUUCAUGGUGUGGUCUAGGCUGCAGAGGCGCCAGAUCGCUAAGGACAACCCGAAAAUGCACAACUCAGAGAUCUCGAAGAGGCUUGGUGCAGAGUGGAAGCUGUUAUCUGAGAUGCAGAAGCGUCCAUUCAUCGACGAAGCUAAGAGAUUGAGGGCUCUGCACAUGAAGGAGCACCCGGACUACAAGUACAGGCCCCGCAGGAAGCCCAAGCCCCCCACACAGGGAGGAGCCCCCGGUGCCGGUGCCUUCCCGAGCUUCCCGCUGCCAUACUUCGCCGGCCCGGCUCCUGGAGUGGGCCACUUGGAUGCGCUGUCAUACUCCGCCGUGCCACCAUACUUCCCACACCAACUGGAUCACCUGCAGUUCUCGAAGCUCAUGGCGCCGACGGAGAAGCUGCCGACGGUGUCGUCGUCAGCGGCGGCCGUGGUGUCAUCGUUCUACUCGUCGCUGUACACAUCCCCGGCGGCGCCGCCGAAGCCCUUCCCCUCGUCGCUGUUCCCGCAGUACGGCGCCGCGCCGUCCUCGCCGGUGUCGCCCGUCACCCCCACGCAGCACAGCCCGCAUGACGACCAGCUGAGGCGGCCCGUCUCCGUCAUAUAUUGAAGACCAACCUGCCUUCCUUGAAGGAGUCCCACCCUUCGAGGUUCGGCAACCCCGCACGAGACGGAUCCAGCAGUUUAAGUGCAACAGACUGUGAACAACAAUGUAAUGAACAUUAUUUAUUUCCUAGAGUUACGAUUGAUGAUGUAAAGUGAUUAUCAUAUCAAGUGGCUUGUAAAUAUGUUGAUGUAGACCCGCGAGGGGUGAAUUCAGUUUGAACUGUGAUUUCUUUUGUUUUUGAUGCAUCUAUAAAUAUUUAAGGUAAUGUAGCAGGUUCGUUAGUUAUGUGAAGUGAGAUUGGUACCAAAAAGAGAUUAUUUUCAAUAGGUGUCUCAUGUAGCCGAAUAGUUAGGUCGUGUAGUGUCAGCCCUGUAUUAUGUUUUAGUAAUAACGUAACGUUUGUUGGGUUAUUUGUUUCUUACCCGUGACUUCAGGGUUGUCUCGCUUUACUUUUUCCUAAAUAAUUUAUUUAUUGGUUCCAACUUUAGAUGUAAAUUUAAGAUCUAGUUGUCUUAUUAUUAAGUCAUUAGUAGGUACAUCUCAAAAUGUAUAUAAUAGUGUAUUAAUUGAAUUAUCGAUGUCAGUACCAACGAUGUAUUAUAGUAUUUGAGAAAAUAACUUUGUUA